AUGCCAAAUACCACUCUUCCAUCCGCUUCGAUCUCCUCCAACUUUCAAGCUCGCAAACCCUACCCACCACCAACGCACUCGGAUCUUGGUGCCUCUCUUCCUAAGAACAAUGACUCAUACAAUGUGCAUUUUCGCCAUCCAGGAUAUCCAGACACAAACAAUAUUCUUCUCGUAUUGCCAGCACUGGAUAGCUCUGAAGGGGGCAUUCAUCACGAGACGGCAAGGAUUGCUUGUGCGAUAAUUGCAAAUUGCACCUGGGAAGGAUUUUUGACAGAGACGAGAAAAGGACGACGAAUUGCAGCGGAGGCAGACUCCCUCCUAACGCUGAAGAAUUACUAUUUCCGGAUCAAAGAGGACCCUGAUGACGAUCCUAAAUACCCUAUCAUCCCAUCCUUUGCCCACUUUCAAUUCCCCCACGAUAACCUACCACCUUUUUGGAAAUCGGACAUCUUCCGCAUCCCCAGGUCCGACAUCUUACCACGACAGAGCGGCCUGACAGAGAUCCUCUUGUCCCGCGAUGUUUCUUGCAGAGUAACCAGCCACACUGAGGGCACGGAAGCUGCGCAUCUCAUUCCUCGGAGUGAGGAGCCGUGGUUCAGUUCAAACAUGAUGUUUCAAUACACUUCUCGUCCCGCCACUAUGACCGAUCCAACUGAUGAUGCUCGAAACUCCAUUUUGCUACGAUCGGAUAUUCACACUGUGUUCGACCAGAAAUGGUUGGUUGCUGUACCUAAAGGGAGUUCCUGGGUUGUCCAUGUCUUUGCCCCUGGCUUGACAGGAGAGCUUGCGAAACUAUACCAUAAUGUCACGCUGCAGCCACUUAUGGAUGUAAGCGUGGAGUGUCUGUUCGCUCGGUUUGCUUGGACUAUUCUUGCACAGAGUACUUUCUUACGGCAGGGAGUUUCACGAAGGCUUGUUCUUGUGGACGGAGAGGAUGGCUCGAGCAGGAUCCUGGACGCGUCUGGCGACAAAUGUAGGCAUAUUUUUGCCGCCCGAGUCAAGAGCAGGAGCCAAAGCCCAAAGAAGAGACAACGGGACGAUGUCUUAGAAGAUCUUGAAACGUGCAGCGAAGAAGAUUUCAGAGGCAGGAAGAGACAGAGGAGCUUUGAUCAUAAAUCAUCAUCCUUUGCUUCCUCAUUUCGAGGUGAUCAUUUAACAUCAGAGGAAGACGAAAGUGGUGAAAGUCACAGUGAUGGGCAGCACGGAGACGGCGAUGAGAGAUUUCAUUGUAACCUAUCAAGUCUCCCCAAGAGACAGAGUGUACUUGAAAGUCAAGAACAUAAUGCUGAAUGCAAUAUAAGUGCUUAG